UAUACAAAAUGAUUGUGACACGGCUAAUCCCUCUGUUAGUUAAGCAUAGAAUCUUUCCCAUAAGUACCAUUUUUUUUUUUAGUCCGUCCUUCCGUGUUUGAAAUAGAUCACAUCUUUUUUAUUAAGACUUCGCAUCUCUCAGUCUCACUAUAUUCUGCAUGUUUUGUUUUUUUUUUUUUUUGGCUAUUUGGGUCAUACUUUGACAACUAGUUUGUCUCCAUUGGUUUUAUUCCUUUUCUUGGGCUGCCUUCAUAAGCAUAUAUAUACGUAGCUGUCCGAACAGACCGUGGUCGGGGACAACCUUACAGUCUUGGUCUUCUCUUCCUCGUUUGCUUUAGUUCUUUGCUGAUCAGGUUGUGGACAGAGAGACUGCUAAGAUGGAAGAUACUGGCGUGGUUAGUCACUGGUGUUACGUCUGCUCUCAGACUGUAAACCCAUUGACUGAAGCUGAGAUCAAAUGCCCUCAAUGUGAGAGCAAGUUUUUGCAACAAAUGCGCAGCCCGAGAAUGAAUAGCCAGAAUGCUAUGCCAAAUGCAGGGGACAGAGUUCCAAUUUGGUCUCCCAUACUUUUGGGCUUGAUAGGUGCAGCUGGUGAUGAAGACUCUCCUCCCAAUUUGAUCGCCUCAGCCGCGGCGCACAUCAGUUCAGAUGUGGAUCAAGCUGAGGAACACAGUGCGGAAGGGUUCAUCAAGCUCUCGUUUGGGAGGAACUUGCACGAUGAUCCUUCUUCUGAGAGAAGAUCGAUGGACUUGGAAGAUGACUGGGAGAGAAGCACUGAAGGGAUUUUGCUGGAGGAGGACCUACUACUGUACAGUGAAGAGGCUCGUAGCUCCUUGGCCGACUAUUUCUCAGGAACCGACUUGGAUGUACUUCAACAGCAUUUACUGGGGGUGGACCGACAUUCUCGCUUCUAUGAGAGCGUGGAGGCUGGAAAGGCAGUUGAUGCCAUGCCAAUGGUAACCAUCAAAGAGAAUAUGCAUUGCUCCAUCUGUUUGGAGGAUUUCGAGAUGGGAGAAGAAGCUAAGGAGACCAGAUGUAAGCAUAGAUUCCAUGGGUGGUGUAUCUUUUCCUGGUUGGAGCUGCAUCGUUCUUGCCCACUUUGCAGAUGCAGAAUAUCUCCCGACUCUGCGUCAAGGCGUUUGCCUCUUAUAGGAUAGCAACAUGACAAAUUUGUCCAGUCACCGUACUCACAGGGUUCUGAAAGGCAAAACACAAAUCCCAUAAGAUGCACAUUGUCAAAGGCUACUACUUGUAUCUAUGCUAUUCCUAUAUCGAACCACAUUUGUCCAAAACAUAACAAAAGAAGAACCAGAGUGAGAUUUUUUCAUCCUUAUUGUAAAUAUACAUGUCCGGCAUCAAUGAGAACUACCAUAGUUUCGAACUUUGAGCAGUGAGCACCAGAGUUAGUGAAACGAUGGACAUACAAGUUAGACAAGAGAAGCCGACAUCGUCCCAAUAGGGAUGUGCACAUUCAUCUAAAGAACUCUUCACAUUGGAGAUCCUUGUAGACAUGGACUUACUGUAUAGAUGAUUUAGUUAUUCAUCUGCUGCCUUCAACAGUUGAAAUCUCCUAAGGCUCUAUAAGCAUAAAGACUGCACGCGAAGCAGUGGCCAGAUAUAAACAGAGUAGCUCAGUUAAAACCAGUUCUCACCAUGACUAAGACUUAAUACACCAAGUGAAAGAUGGAGCUGGAGGUGCAACAAUCUCCUUUCAUAGUUUCCCUUGAUUUCCCUAGAAACAAACAUGAUUGGCUCAUACAGGAUGAAGC